AUGAAAGAGGCUGAUCCUGCAAACCUAGUGAGGAUGGAAGGAGGAAGAUGGAUGGCAGACCUGGUCAGGCUGCCUCCUGCAUCUCUCCCCAAAACAGUUGAGCAUUCCCUCCCAGGGCCCUCUGAGAGAUCUGGUGACGCAGACCAUCGACAGAACUCUGCAGAAUGUGGAAUGAGCUUCAUUGCAAACCAUCAACAGACUUACACAGGGGGAAAACCAUUUAAGUUUACUGUGUGUGGAAAGAGCUUUAGAGAGAAACCAUUUAAAUGUGUGGAUUGUGGAAGGAGUUUUAGUCGUAAUGACAUUCUUAAACUACACCAGCUAAUUCAUACAGGGGGAAAACAAUUUAAAUGUAUGGAGUGUGGAAAGAGCUUUAAUCAGAGUGCACAACUUAAUUUACAUCAUCGAACUCACACAGGGGAGAAACCAUUUAAAUGUACGGCGUGUAAAAAGAGCUUCAGUGAAAGGGGAACACUUAGAAAACAUCAACUAAUUGACACAGGGGAAAAGCCAUUUACUUGUAUAGAGUGUGGAAAGAGAUUCCGUCAUAGCAAUUCACUUCGAAUACAUGAACGGACUCACACAGGGGAGAAACCAUUUGAAUGUCUAAAGUGUGGGAAGUGGUUCAGCCGAAAGUCACACCUCACUUCACAUCAGAGAACUCACACGGGGGAGAAACCAUUUAAAUGUUUGGAAUGUGGAAAGACUUCCAGUGAUAGUCAAAAGCAUGCAGAACAUCAACGAAUUCACACAGGGGAGAAACCAUUUAAAUGUAUGGAGUGUGGAAAGAGGUUCACUCAUAGCAGCUCACUUACUUUACAUCAGCGAACUCACACAGGGGAGAAACCACUUAAAUGUAUGGAGUGUGGAAAGAGUUUCCGUCAGAGUGCAAACCUUACAACACACCUGCAAACUCACACAGGAGCUAAACCAUUUAAAUGUAUGGAGUGUGGAAAGAGUUUCCGUCAGAGUGCACACCUUUCUACACAUCAAUAUACUCACACAGGGGUGAAACACUUUAAAUGCUUGGACUGUGGAAAGAGCUUCAGUCAACGUAAUAAACUUAGUGAACAUCAGAGAAUUCACACAGGGGAGAAACCAUUUAAAUGCAUGCAGUGUGGGAAGAGGUUCACUCAUAGUACAGGCCUUAGAAUACACCGGCAAACUCACACUGGGGUGAAAAACUUUAAAUGCUUGGAGUGUGGAAAGAGCUACAGCCGACGUGAUAAACUUAGUAAACAUCAGAGAACUCACACAGGAGAAUCCAUUUAAAUGUUUGGAGUGUGGAAAGAGUUUCCGUCAGAGUGCACACCUUGCAUUACAUAAACAUACACGGGGUGAAACACUUUAAAUGCUUGGAGUGUGGAAAGAGCUUCAGUCGAUGUUAUAAACUUAGUGAACAUCAGAGAAGUCACACGGGAGAAACCAUUUUAAU